CUCAAUCUCUUACUCUUCUCUCGUACUUGUGUAUCUACACGAACUCCUAGCUAGCUGUGAUCAGAAUGAAGAGAUGCUGUAGUCUCUGGAUUAUUAUCAACUCACAGAUGUCCCUGGCAGAUGGUCUCCUCGUCAUGUCUUCUUGCAAACAACUGUCGAUACGCUUCCUCCACCUGUGUGUGUGAGGGAUCUGGGCAACAUGGAAUGAUGGAUCCUUGGCUGAUGUGAUGGUCUCCAACAGGUGACACUGGACAGUACGAGAACAUGGAACUGGACAAGGAGGUGUGGCAAUAGUCACUCCCAGAGUUCAUAGUCCACCACACAAUUGAAGAGCUGUGUAUGCCUUGUUGACUGGUGCUCCCCUGAGACUCCGCCCCUUCCCCUGCCCAGCCCAUCCCUCGGAGGAGACCAGCUGGUGUACAACAAGCACUGGAGUAGGUGCUUUGGUAUUGUCUACCACCCCUGCCUGCACAAGAUGCUCUCAGCUACUGCUGUCUGGUGUUUUCCGAGUUCUACUCCUCACAACCUGUUACAUCAGUCGGUGAACUUUGUCCAUAAAAGAACACCAAAUAGCUAGACACACUUAUUUUACCUUGUGUGUUGUAUUUUCCAGGUGUCAAAAUAAUUGUAACCCACCAUUAAUUUGCCAAUGACAGGCUAUGCGCAUGCGCAAUGUGCACAAAAGAAAGAGGGCGUGUCUCGUAAAGUUGCUCUGGUGUUGUUCUCCGCUAACCUCACUGUGUAUCAUCAUGCUGUGAUCAGAAUGCUGUAGCCUCUGGGAUAUUAUCAAAAAGAUGUCUGACUAUCUCACAAUAGAAGAUCUUAAGAAAGUGUACUUAGUCACAUUCGAUGCUCAAGUGAAGUGGCGAAACUUCUUGCUUGUUCUUGACGUAUCCUCGGAUACUAUCGACAGCAUAGGUACGAAAUGGCGAGAUGAUCCUGAUGACUGCUAUCGUGAGGGUUUGAAAGAAUGGCUGAAAAAUGGGGAGAGCCGCUGGGAAGAUGUUGUCAAAGCAUUGUCUAGUCCUAUUGUGGGCUUCAGUUACAUAGCCAGGACCAUCGAGAAAGAUCAUGUACAGUCUACUGAUGUGAAGUCAGAGGUUGACCACAAUCACCAGAAGAUCAAUGAAUAUUUGACCAUUUUCCUGGACGAGCCACUCGGUAGUGGUGCAUUUGGAGCAGUCUUCAAAGGUAGCUACAGAGGCGACCCUUGUGCUAUCAAACUAUUACAUCAGGUUGCUAUGGAGAUGCAGACAAAUAUUCCCGCCACCAAAAGUGAAAAUGCUAGCGAUGCAAUUGAUCGUGAGAGUGAUUUUCUCAAGUCGUUCCAGCACCCAAACGUUGUUCAGUUUUUGUCGACUGUUAAGCACCCCAAAUCAGGUGGUACAAUUCUCGUUGUUGAGCUGAUGGAUUGCAAUCUGAGAUCCUAUUUCUCCGGCCUUGAUGAAGAGCCCCUCUCUAGCAAAUGUGAAAUUAGCCUCUCCAAAGACAUGGCUUGUGGUCUGGCCUACAUUCACAGCAAGCAGAUUAUCCACCGUGACCUCUGUGGCGAUAACGUCUUGCUGAAGCUGACACUGCCAGUGCCUGUUGCAAAGAUUUCCGACUUUGGUAUGUCGCGACUAUACGAUCCCUCCAAGCUCAGCUCCACCCUCACAGCCAUUGGUCAGCGUAGAGGGUAUCUACCUCCCGAGGCAUAUCGAUUGGAAGAAGAGAAUUACGAUAAUAGCCUGGAUGUGUUUUCCUUUGGGGUGAUUUUGACGCAGAUCAUUUGCAAGUUAGAGACGAUCAAAUCAGCCAAGGAUCGAUCAUUCCAUGUUGCCCAGAUCCCUCACACACACAGGUUGAGGAAGCUUAUUGACAGCUGUUUGCAAGAAGACAUGACGAGGAGACCAUCUGCCAGGGACAUCUAUGUUUCACUGACAAGAGACUCGGACUCAGUGGAGGCAACAAAGAGGGACACUCUACCAGUCGAGAAGCCACACAAAAAACAGAUUGAGCACAAAGAUGCUGAGCUGGUCAGGAAAGACGCCAUCAUUCAACAGCAAAGACAGAUUAUAUUCUCCUAUGAACGUUCCCCUGUACAGUCACACAAGGAACUGAUUGAGCACAAAUAUGCUGAGCUGGUCAGGAGAGACGCCAUCAUUCAACAGCAGAGAUUGCGUUCCCCUCCCAGAGAGUUGAGACCUCCACUCACUCUGAUAUGGAGAAGAGGAAAAGACAUGCCAAUCAAGAUGGGUUGCUGCGUACAGAGUGUUGUUAUCGGUGACACGGUGUAUGUUGGUGGAGGUGAUGCAGACAAUGAGCGUGACAGGUGUACAGUGAUGAAGCUCGAGCAAGAUCAAUGGACCAAACUACCAGAGUACACUGCCAGGUACUUCGCUAUGACAUCACUCGCUAAUCGACUAGUGCUGGUGGGAGGACGUGAUCCAAGAAACAACAAACAAACCAAUCAACUUUCUAUGUUUGUGUCAGGGGAAUGGACUCACCCGUACCCACCAAUGAACAUUGCUCGCGUAUCCUCAACAGCUGUCUCCUUCAACAACCACAUCAUUGUAGCUGGUGGGAAUGAUGAUAAAGGACAUAUCUCCUCUGUGGAGGUGUUGGACGUGGCAUCAAGAAGAUGGUACAUUGCUCAGUCACUACCUAACCCACGAACAACACUGAAAUCAACUCUCAUAGGAAACACCCUCUACCUAAUGGGAGGGUACGAUCACAUGUGGUCAACCAAGAUAGUGCACCACGUCGACCUCGAUGAACUCAUUGCGAAGGCCCAUUCAAACCUGGACACACCCACUCUCUGGCAGACCUUACAGGAAGUACCACUCGAGUUGUCAGCUCCUCUCAGUAUUGGGAGGUCACUAUUAGCCGUUGGUGGACGGGACGACAGAAACGAACCAAGUUCAUCGAUCCACCUCUACCAGCCUGACACCAGGAGGUGGGUGGAAGUGGAAGACCUGCCUACUGCACGAUACAACUGCACAUGCUCAGUACUUCCUAGUGGAGAGGUUAUUGUAGCCGGAGGACAGACGAAAACUGAUUACAUUGAAACUGUACAUUUAUUAAAAUAUAAUGUUAUGCUCUGUGUAGUUAGGCCUGGGUGAGGCACUGAUAACAUUAAUUACCAACAUGUA